AUGAUGAAAUCCAAAUUGAAACUUAAGUGCUUCGUUGCGGAUAUUAGUUUAUUGAAGUGAAUGAAUUAACUGAUAGUAUUUUUUUUUCCCCAUCAAUUAACUGAUUGUUUAACUUGAGCAAAAAUUCAUUCGGUUGUAGAAAAUUAAAAAGAAAAAAGAAAUUACCAGUUUCUCUUUUUAUUUUAUUUUAUUUCAUUCAGUUCGCUUAUUUGUUAAAAACUUGCUAUUUGCAGUUGAAAUGAUAUCUUCAAGGAGCGUAAGAGCAGACAAUCAGUACAGAGGAUGUGUUCUCAGUGACUAAGAUUGUGCUCAUUGGUUUCUCCUUUAAAGAAGCUGGUGCGGAGUUCGAGUUGUAUGGUUUUUUCUCUGGCACAGACCGGAAAAUGGCUCGAAGGUUUUCUUGUCUUGGUGAACUUGCCUGGAUUUGCAGGUCACUGAAUGGAGCCAAAUUGCAACCACCAAUCCCACCCCAUUCUCACCCACACACUGUACCCCAUGGCAAUUGUUAUCCUAUACUCCAAUUUCAAGCGUUGAGAUCAUAUGCACGUAACAGACGUUCCAACUAUGAUCUAUUUGGUGGUGGUAUACCUAAACCAGAUGAGUUUAAGAAAGCGUGGGCAAAACAAAUGGAUGACGAAGAGAGCCGUCUUUGGACAGCAAGUGAAGAUGAAAGUGACUCUGAUCAAGGUGAUAGUCAUAGCCGUCUCAAAAAAGAGAUUAGGAAAGCCAAACAGCGAGCAAAAGAGCAAGAUGGUCCUAUUGAUGCAGAUGAUAGUGACGAACUGAGAAGUCUGUGGUCUGAUAGUGAUGAUGAGAAGACAUUAUGGACCGGCAGUGAAGGAGAUGAUGAUGAUGAUAUUCCGACUGAGCCAUACCCUAACAAAAAGAGUGAUAAGUACAUUGAUAAACUGUUUGAGUUUGAGGAAAAACCUAAAUAUAGAACACUUUCUGAAGCCUUGAAAUCUGAGCAGGAACCUGAAGAAUUAUCUCCUGGAAAGCAAGCUAGAAAACUUGCAGUGGAAAAUGCACUUAAGAAACUGAAAAAGGGACCCGAUGGACGUUACAUCAAUGUUUGGGAGGUUAUGAGCGAUUUGGACAUUCUGAUUGGUGCUUUUGAGAACAUCAUUUCAGGACCAGAAUAUGCUGAAUUGAGACAGGGAGGACCUAAAAAAUUGAAUAUGCAGUUUUUCAAAGACAUACAAGCUCGUAUGAGAGAUCCAAACUUUGAGUUCUCUCCUGAAAUGAAAUUGAAACCAAAGAGCAAAUUGGUACGUAGAAAGAAAUGGCAGAAAACAGAAUCUAGGCGCAGGAAAGCACGGAAACGAUAGCUUCAUAGCGCCUUUCUUUUUAGCAUCUAAACAUUGUACUGAUAGAUUUGUGUCUUAAUCGCUGAUUCCAAAUCUCUAUAGCUAUUAGAUCAGAGAUAAUUCACGUCCAGAAGAUGUCUGCGGUUGGUGGAUUUGUUUAAUGACUGCUUUCUGUAAAUUCUUUAUGAUUGCUCUAUGCAAGCCAUUUACUUAGAUUAA